GAUCCUUAUUGUUGGGGAUUUUUUUAAAAAAAAUUGAGACGCUUGGAUUACAAUAACGAUGAUAAACUUGAAUCCCGUCUGCACUUUAGUUUUCCAGCUAUUUUUAUUAUUUUUAGAUUUGUAUGAGUUCUUAAUAAUUCCAUGCCUUUCUUUUUCAACAAUGGGUGGUUGGAUUCAAUUCCCAUCGCAGGACUAAUUGAACCCAAAUUUGAAAUUUGGACUUUCUUUUCCCCUUAACAUUCGCAUCUCUCCUCCAUCGGUCGAUCAUUCUAAUUGUUAUUUUGUUAUUUUUUUUUAAUUGAUUGAUCCCCAUCUUGUUUGUUUGCUGUGUGUUGGGAGUGUUGAUUUUAUUUUUGGAGGCAAGAGACUUUGAUUUGUUCUGUGUUUUUGGACCCUUGUCAAUUGCUUAUUAUUAUUAUUAUUAUAUUUUUUUACUCCAAGAAUUUUUUUUUUCUUAUUUAGCUGUUUCCAUUAUGCAACAUUGUGCGCAAUGAGAUUAAGAAGGAUGACUGUUGGUUAAUUUGUUUGUAUGUUUGUCAAGGUUCUGGUUUGAAAUUGUUUGCCUUGUAGGGCUGGUUGCUGGAGAACUUACCUAUGAAUUUGACUUUGUUUUAAAGAAGAAGGAUAUAUUGGCUUACUUUGGUUUCUUUUUGAAAUUUGGUGAGGAUGCACUUUAUGAUGUUAUGCUAGCAAUUAGUAGCCUCAAUUACUUAAGCACGUCUCUGAAGAAGGUCCGAACAGUGAUAUUUGUGUAUCUAAAGGAUACUUGUCGUUCUUGGUGACUGGUAAAAUCUCCUAACGGUUGAUGCUGUUGACAAAAAAGGGGGCUGAUGGUAGUACUACUAUAAUGUGGUUUCAUUAAUGAAGACAUCCCAGGCGUGGCAGCUAGGCAGUAGGAAUUUGUCAGGCAUGCCACCGCCGCUGCGCCACAGAGGCGCUAACAGAAGGCCUAUAUGGAUAAUCGUCUUGGUAGUUUUGGUGUGUAUCUCCCUGAUGGCAGCUUACAUCUAUCCCCCUGGUCACAAUACAUCUUGCUACUUCUUUUCUUCUAGUGUGUGCACCCCUUUUAAGGAUUGGCUUCCUCCUCUUGCUGCAAGACUUCUUACUGAUGAAGAGCUUGCUUCUCGAGUUGUCAUCAGGGACAUUCUCACGAUGCCAUAUGUACCUCCAAAGAUCGCUAAAAUCGCUUUUCUGUUCUUGACACCUGGAACAUUGCCCUUUGAAAAUCUCUGGGAGCAAUUUUUUCAGGGCAAUGAGGGCAGAUACUCCAUUUAUGUACAUGCAUCACGGGAAAAACCAGUGCAUGUGAGUCGCUUAUUUGUGGGUCGAGAUAUUCACAGUGAGAAGGUGGUCUGGGGGAAAAUUUCUAUGGUUGAAGCAGAGAAGAGACUCUUGGCAAAUGCAUUGAUAGACAGUGACAAUCAGCAGUUUGUCUUGCUUUCUGAUAGCUGUGUACCAUUGCAUAAUUUUGACUAUAUAUAUAGCUAUCUGAUGGAAACAAAUGUCAGCUUUAUCGAUUGUUUCAAGGAUCCUGGUCCACAUGGAACAGGCAGGUUUUCUCCACACAUGUUGCCUGAGGUUCCAGAAGAGAAGUUUAGGAAGGGCUCACAGUGGUUCACAAUCAAGCGACAGCAUGCUUUGUUAAUUUUAGCAGAUAGUCUUUACUACAAGAAAUUCAAGCUCUAUUGCAGGCCAGGUAUGGAAGGACAUCGCAAUUGUUAUGCUGAUGAACAUUACUUGCCAACCUUAUUUCAUAUGGUUGAUCCUACUGGCAUUGCAAAUUGGUCAGUGACAUACGUAGAUUGGUCUGAAGGGAAGUGGCAUCCAAGAUCAUAUCGGGCAAAAGAUGUCACUUAUGAACUUUGGAAGAAUAUAACAUCCAUUGAUGAGAGUUUACAUGUCACAAGUGAUGAAAAGAAAGUGGUUAUGCAGAAACCUUGUUUGUGGAAUGGGAUGAGGAGACCAUGUUAUUUGUUUGCCAGGAAAUUCUACCCUGAGACGCUGCAUAAUAUGAUGCAUUUGUUUUCUAACGUACAUCAAUACGAGGAGGGAUCCAAGGCAUAAUUCUUUGGUUUCGAUUCUUUUGUUAUAAAGGCAAAUCCUGUAAAAAGCACGAAAACCACAAGAGAAUAGGUCCUGUUUUGCCAUCCUGAUUCUGUAUAGAAAGAGAGGAGAUUGGAUGGAGCUAUUCGAGAUUACUCAAGUACUGACCUGAGUAGAGGGAUGAG